UUAAAAGCGGAAACAACGCAAUUUUCGCGCGAAAUGUUAUCCGUUCCAUUCUGUAGCGUCUCUUUAACGGGGUAGUUCGCGUCAAUUUAAUUUAUCGUCCCUGAUUGUGACUCAAAGCGGCCUUCGUCCGUAUCUGAGCCCAGUUAAGUGUUGGUUGGUAGUUUCUGAGCCCGCGGAGCAGAGGAAGCGUCAGGAUGAAGUAUGUCACCAGACUCCGGGUCCGAAGAGUUUACAAGUGGCGCGGGCAGCCUGUGAGCUUUAACAGGAAGCUAAAAACCCAAGACUUCGGCUCCUUGGCCAUCAGCGUGGAGGGGCUCCCGAGGACCACCAUCAUCAACACAGGCCAGCACAUUCUCAUAGAGGGGGGGGAUGAAGACAGCCCGUACGUGGCCAGAGUCAUCAGGCUGUUUGGCGACGAGAGUGGGAAGCAGAAGAAGGCGGCUGUUCAGUGGUUUGUUCGUGUGUCUGAAGUGCCGGCCCCCAAACUGAAGCUGCUGGGCAGAGAGUCUCAUCCUCAGGAGAUCUUCUACUAUCAGGGCCGCGGCUGUGACGACGAGGUCGACGCCGAGUCCAUCCUCAGGCCAGUGCAGGUGAAGCACCUGGACGCAGCAGCUCCGUUCCCAGACUCUGAUGAUAAAGACACUUUCUAUGUGAAGCUGUCCUGGGACUCAAAGACCUUCAAAACAGUCGAUGCUGCUCUUGUGGAGUCUCAACCUGCUCCGGCUUCCUCCCCUCCUCCCAAAGACAAACCCUCCCUGCCUCCUUCGCCCCCCUGCUCCCCGCCUGCAGCUGCUCCAGCCUCUCGAGCUGUUUCCCGACGCGCCCUCCCCACGCCCGAUCCCACCAUCAUGCGUAAAGCCGCUUCAGGGGAAGUGAGGUACAGCAGAGCCACGAUGAGCGCAGGGAGGUCUGCACCCAUCGAGGCUGAGUGCCUGCACUCUGCCACCAAACUGUCAGCCUCAAAGUGUCUGAGUGCAAAGAGGAGGAACGCCGCAGCCAGGACUCCUGGAGUCCGCAAGAAGCUGCAGCUCAGCAGUCCAGAGAAGAUGAUCCACCAGGACGUCCUGAGUCAGCUGCUGGACGAGGAUCUGGAGCAGGAGGUGAUGUUGGCACAAAGGCUGUCGUCCUCUCCUCCUCAGACCCUGUCCGUCACCAACAGCCUCAGUCCCCUGAAAAAGGCCCACAGGGCGCCCGGCGGUCUGCCCGACGCCAGCCUGAAGCCCACUGUAGUCAUCAACCGGCUGUCUGGGCUGGACAGCCCCCCAUCGCCUACCGGAGACGAGGCCACCAGUCCUCAGCAGCAGCUGGAGGUUGAACUUCAAACGCCGAGGAGAAGGCAGAACACUCCAAGGAGAACAGUCGGCACCAGAACUGAGCAGAAAGCCACCACUCCAUCCUGGCGCAGAGAGACCCAAUCCCUGAAGGAACCCGCUCUGGAGGUGCUUGCCGAGGUGGAAAAUGAAAACUCCCCAGUGCUGCUGGCCGCCACCACGCCGCGGAGCUCCAAGAGGAAGUCGGCCCAGUUGGUGUCGUCUCGCAUCAGGAAACAGUUGAAUCUUGUGGCCAACCAGCUGGACCUGAACUCAGACGGAGAAGAUGAGGACGAGUUUCUUCCCUCCAAGAAGGAGCUGGAGAGCAGCGAGGAGGAUGGCGAGGGAGGAGGCCUGAGCAGUGACGAGGAGGUGGUGGAGAAGAGAGGCAGACGCGCUGCUGCGCCGAGGGGUCGAACCCGACACAUGACUCGCUCCUCGAGCAGAACGCCGCGGAAAACUCCCAGCAGGAAGCUGACGCCCAGCACCCCGCGGACCCCGCGCCACGCCACCCCCAGCAUCCCCAGCAGGACGCUGGCCGCACGACAGCCCACCAACGUCCUGGAGGAGGCCAGAACCAGGCUCCACGUGUCCUCAGUGCCGGAGUCACUGCCCUGCAGAGAACAGGAGUUUCAGGACAUCUACAGCUUCGUUGAGAGCAAGAUCAUCGACGGCACUGGAGGGUGUAUGUAUAUCUCAGGGGUCCCGGGAACAGGAAAGACCGCUACCGUCCACGAGGUGAUGCGCUGUCUGCAGCACGUAGCUGACGUGGACGAGAUCCCUCCUUUCAACUUCGUCGAGAUCAACGGGAUGAAGAUGACGGAUCCUCAUCAGGCCUACGUCCAGAUCCUGCAGAAACUGACGGGUCAGAAAGCCACAGCCGACCACGCCGCCGUCCUGCUGGAGAAGAGGUUCAGCAGCCCGGCGCCGAGGCAGGAGACCACCGUGCUGCUGGUGGACGAACUGGACCUGUUAUGGACCAGGAAGCAGAAUGUGAUGUACAACCUGUUCGACUGGCCGACGCGACGCCACGCCCGCCUGGUGGUGCUGACCAUCGCCAACACCAUGGACCUGCCGGAGAGGAUCAUGAUCAACCGCGUGGCCAGCAGACUGGGUCUGACCCGGAUGUCGUUCCAGCCGUACGGCUUCAAGCAGCUGCAGCAGAUCAUCACGUCCCGGCUCAACAAGGUGAAGGCCUUUGAGGAGGACGCUCUGCAGCUGGUGUCCAGGAAGGUGGCCGCUCUGUCGGGAGACGCUCGCCGAUGUUUGGACAUCUGUCGACGGGCGACCGAGAUCUGCGAGCACUCGGCCCCUGAUCCGUCCGCCACAGGCCUGGUGGGCAUGAGCCAUGUGAUGGAGGCGCUGGACGAGAUGUUCUCCUCCCCCUACAUCACCGCCAUCAAGUGUGCGUCGGUGCAGGAGCAGCUCUUCCUCCGGGCGGUGAUCGCCGAGUUCCGGAGGCUGGGCCUGGAGGAGGCCACCUUCCAGCAGGUGUUUGUGCAGCACCAGGCCCUGUGUCGGGUGGAGGGUCUGGGGCCCGUGGGCGUGUCGGAGGGCCGGGCCGCCUGCCAGCGUCUGGGCGCCUGCAGGCUGCUGCUGCUGGAGCCGAGCCGCCUGGGGCUCCUGCAGCGCGUCCGCCUCAACGUCAGCCAGGACGACGUGCUCUACGCCCUGAAGGCCGACUGAAGGAGGAGCCAACCGGGUCCAGGCUUCUGGUGCUGACUCGCUCACUGAGGCACACUGAUUUUAGCCCAAAGUAAAUCAUUUACAGAUCCACUCCACUAAUUUCAUUUGUGUUGUCUACUUUAUUUAAAACCACCUCAGAUUUCUCUGAGAUAUUUUUAUUAAUAGACUUAUUUUAUGUUUUGAAAUUUGAAUAUGAAAUAAAACUGCAUUGAAAUGA